GCAAGGUAAAAGUAUUAUAUUAUUGAAAAUACAUUUUAAAGAACGUUUAAUGAUAAAAAAAUAUUUUGUAUUUAACUUUUAAGCCGGGCGCCCGAGUAUAAAAUUAUGAAGGGCCGAAGAGGACAGAACCAAUUGUCCGCAUACGACAUUUUUUCGUGGGGACCAAUUGUCUGGAGACCGAUUGUCCGUAUCCCCAUUUUAUGUUGUGAGCUAUCAUAUUAUUGUUCUAUGAUAAUAAUUUUCUUUCGCAGUCCGUUGUUAAUUUAAAGUGAUAUCAACCGUCUCUACUCUCUACUUGAGUUACAAAUAUUACUUUUUUUUAGUGCAUUUGUUGUUGUUGUAAUUUUUUUUUAAUGUGUUCUAUUAUUUAAGUCGUCUAUGACCGUAGAUAUUUAAAAUGCUGGAUUUGUGAUUCGUUUAGUGCCUUACUGUUUUCUGACGCUACUACCAAUCCCAAGCAAUAACAAUGUAAAAAAUAAAUUCAUAAAACAAAAAUAUUAAUACAUUUUUUUAUUUUUGACAUUUAACGACACGUGUCCACGUGUUUUAAAUAAAUAUAUUUUUCCGACAGUUCUAUUUAUCUCUAGAUUUGUUUUUUAUGAUGGGAUACAGUUUUAUGUCAAGUACAUUGAUCAAUUGGAUAUGUAUAUCAUGUGUUAGUUCUUCAUUAACAUUAAUAUGGUUACAUUAUGGAAAGAAAAGAACUAAAAAUUCAACCAAAGUACUGUUCUAUAAUCCUGUUAUCAAAUCAACCAAUUGCAAUUGUCGAAACUCAUUUGAUUUUAACUGUUCAUCUCCGAAUUGUUCGAGCAUUAAAACAAAAGAAAUUAUUUUGUGUUUACGAAAAGCAAAAAAGUCAAUAGAUAUUUGUGUAUUUGCUAUAUCUAAUAAGCCCAUUUCAAAUGAGGUUGUUGCUGCCCAUCAACGAGGAAUAUUGAUAAGGAUUAUAAUUUCUAAUUGUAUUUUAGUGUAUUCACAUGAAGUUAAAAUGUUUCUGGAAAUUGGUAUUAAAAUAAAAUACCAAGAAAACAGAGAUACUAGUUACAUGCAUAAUAAAUUUGCUAUUGUUGACUCUACAUGGUUAAUUCAGGGUUCUAUGAAUUGGACACAUCAAGCUACUUAUGGCAAUUGGGAAAGUGUUAUAAUAACAGAUUUACAAAGUUUGAUAAUUCCAUUUUCCAUAGGUUUUGAAAAAAUAUGGGAAAAAACUAUUUUAGUUCCAAUAACUUGAUUGCAUGUUUAUUUUGAAUAUAAAAUUUAAGUUUAAUGUAAAUAAAACAUAUUUUUGCAUUUAACGUAUUAAAGAAGUUUAUUAUUAUUUUUUUUUUAUAUAUAUAUUCUUGGUUAAAAAGUAUAUUACCAUUUUUAAACAAAGUUGUCUUAACAUGUAAAUAUUUUGAUACUAAAUUCUGCAUUGU